GCGGGUCUGUCAAAAACUAUCAGGGGCUAAUCUGUAAUAUUUUCCAGGAAGCGCCUCAAACCUCGCUUGUAAUGGCUCUUUAUUUUCUUAUUAAUGGGCAAAUGUAAAGGAUCUGCGACACACUGUUGUGUUUUUUGCAACUGUUCCCUGGUAUUGUAAUCUUAAGCGUUACGUGACAAUUCUUAAAUUGGAUUAGCACUGAGUUAAGCCAGUGUAAAAUAAUGAAUGUAGCCUACUUCUUUCUUAGCUAGGCUGAUAGCUGGAACUCGGUGCUACUACGUUAACCUUUGGAGUUCUCUGUUUUACUAACUUAGUGGUAGAAAUAUACCUCGUUUGCUGAAUAACUCAUAGUUUGCUAGAAACACCUGUGUGAUUCCUGACGUUACAGACAUUUAGUAACUUCCUACAGUACUCCAAUCACUUCAAGGAGACGAAAUUUAGUUAACAUGGAAAGCCACAGCCAAAGGUUUGAAUCCACCACAGGGCGAGACAGUAAGCAUCAAAAGAAGAAAAGUUCUCACAACAGCACGUCCGGGUUUGAUGAAGGAGACCGCAAACCAAAGUUUAACUUGGCCUUUAGAAACCUCACAGACGAUGUGCUGGACAGAUUUGCAAGUAUUCGAAUUCCUGGCAGCAAAAAGGAGCGUCCACCCCUAACGCUAUCGAAACAUAACUCCAAUGACUGGUCCACUGCUUCAGCAUCAACCCUCCAUCAUUUUGAGGAGUUCUCUUCAAAGAUCACGUCGGAAAAAGAGAUUUUGGCUUUGUUUGAAAAGAUGAUGGAGGACAUGAACUUGAAUGAGGACAAAAAGACUCCAUUGAGGGAAAAAGACCUUAAUACAAAACGAGAAAUGGUCCUCCAGUAUAUUUUUGCAGCCUCAAAAGCAGGUAGCCUGAAGAAAAGCCAUCAGAUAUCUCCGCAGGAAUUCCUCAGUGAGCUGAAGUCAGGGGUGAUGGACGAACGUCUGUUUGCCUGUCUAGACUCAUUGCGAGUGUCCCUGACAAGCAACCCUGUGAGUUGGGUGCAGAGCUUUGGGCAUGAGGGCCUUGGACUACUGUUGGACAUUUUGGAGAGGUUGCUUUUCAAGAAACAGCCGGAGAAGAUUGACGCAAAAAACCAACAUAAAAUUGUCCAGUGUCUCAAAGCCUUCAUGAACAAUAAGUAUGGCUUGGAUCGAAUUCUGGGGGAGGAGAAAAGCCUUGCCUUACUAGCAAGAGCCAUCGACCCCAGCCAGUCUGCUAUGAUGACUGACGUUGUAAAGCUGCUUUCAGCCAUCUGCAUUGUUGGCGAGGAGAACACGUUGGAGAAGGUUCUUGAGGCCAUCACGACAGCAGGGGAGUGGCGAGCCAUUGAGCGAUUCAGUCCAAUUGUGCAGGGACUACGAGAUCGCUCCAUUCAGCUACAAGUGGCAUGCAUGCAGCUCAUCAAUGCCCUAGUAACAUCUCCUGAUGAGCUGGACUUCAGGCUUCAUAUUAGAAAUGAGUUUAUGCGUUGUGGCCUCAAAGAAAUAUUGCCGCAACUAAUGACCAUCAGGAAUGAGGCUCUGGACAUUCAGCUGAAGGUUUUUGAGGAGCAUAAGGAAGAGGACAUGAUGGAAUUCUCUCAUAGAUUGGAAGACAUCAGGAGUGAAAUAGAUGAUGCGGGAGAUGUAUUCAGUAUUGUGUUGAGCAUGGUGAAGGACAGCAGUGCAGAGCCCUAUUUCCUCUCCAUCCUGCAGCACCUGAUGCUCAUACGCAACGAUCACUUGAUCAGACCCCAAUACUUUAAGAUCAUUGAUGAAUGCAUUUCUCAAAUUGUGCUGCAUCGCAGUGGCACUGACCCCGACUUCAGUUACCGCAAGCGCCUAGAUGUGGACUUCAGCCACCUUUUGGAGGUGUGUGUGGACAAAGCUCGUGUUGAUGAGUAUGAACAACGAGCCUUAGAACUGGCACAGAAGUUCGAUGAAGAGUUUCUCAGCAGACAAGAGGCACAAGCUCAGCUGGCUAAGUGUGAAGAACAAAUUGCUGAACUCCAAGCAGAGUUGCAGACCUUCAGGUCCCAGUUUGGAUCAGUGCCUGCCAGUCUGACAUCCGCUAAGGCUGGAACAUCAUCACCAUCUCCUGCAUUCGCAACUGUACCUCCAAGCUCUGGAUCUGAAUCGGGAGUGCCGUGUCCCCCACCGCCUCCACCACCACCUCCUCCUCCACCUCCUCCUCCGUUUGGAGUCCCGCCUCCACCUCCUUCAGCCUUUGCAGGUGGUUUCGGUUCCCCAACCCACCACACGCUGCCUUUUGGCCUCAGGCCAAAGAAGGAAUUCAAGCCCGAGAGUUCAAUGAAGCGCCUCAACUGGUCGAAGAUUCGUCCACAGGAAAUGUCAGAAGAUUGUUUCUGGGUGUUGGCUGAUGAGGACCAGUAUGCCAAACCAGAACUCCUCAACAGAGUUGCUCUUACUUUUGGCUCACAGAGAACAGUAACAAAAGCUAAAAAGGAGGAAGAGGAUCUUGAGAAUAAAAAAUCCAUAAAGAAGAGGAUUAAAGAGCUCAAGGUGCUCGAUCCCAAGAUUGCACAAAAUCUCUCGAUCUUCUUGGGUUCCUACCGCAUGCCUUAUCAGGAAAUACGUCGCAUGAUAGUGGAGGUGGAUGAGGAUCAGCUCACUGAACCCAUGAUCCAGAACCUUGUAAAGCACCUCCCAGAGCAGGAACAGCUGAACACUUUGGCCAAGUACAAAAACGAGUACCCUAAUUUGUCAGAGCCUGAGCAGUUCGGGGUUGUGAUGAGCAGCAUGAAGCGACUCCGACCUCGCCUUAGCCACAUCCUUUUUCGACUCCAGUUUGAGGAGCAUGUAAACAACCUGCGACCAGAUAUCUUGGCAGUAAAUGCAGCAUGUGAAGAGGUCAGAAAGAGCCGUGCUUUUGGCCGCCUGCUGGAACUAGUGCUUCUGCUGGGAAAUUACAUGAAUGCAGGUUCUCGAAAUGCCCAGUCAUAUGGAUUUGACCUCAGCUCCCUUUGCAAGUUAAAGGAUACGAAGUCCGCAGACCAGAAGACCACAUUACUGCACUUCUUAGCAGAAGUCUGUGAGGAACAGUUUCCUGAUGUGAUAAAGUUUAUUGACGAGCUGCAGCACGUGGAUCGAGCAAGCAGAGUCUCUGCAGAGAAUCUGGAAAAGAGCCUCAGGCAGAUGGAGAGGCAGCUGCUGCAGCUCGAGAGAGACCUGGAGACUUUUUCCUCCACAGAUGACCCUAACGACAUGUUUCUCACCAAAAUGGCUAGCUUCAUCAAAGUGGCUCAGGAGCAAUAUGGAAAGCUGGCGAUCAUGCACAGCAAUAUGGAGACCAUGUAUCAGAACCUGCUGGAGUACUUUGCUGUUGAUCCCAAGAAGACGUCUGUGGAGGAGUUGUUCACCGACCUCAGCAACUUCCGAUCCAUGUUUACACAAGCACUAAAGGAGAACUAUAGACAGAGGGAGUUGGAGGAGAAGCAGAGGAGAGCACGGGCCGCAAAGGAGAAGGCUGAGCGUGAAAAGCAAGAGAGACAGCAGAAGAAGAGGAGGUUACUGGAAGUCAAUGCAGAGAAUGAUGAGACAGGUGUGAUGGAUAGUUUGCUGGAAGCCUUGCAGUCGGGAGCUGCAUUCAGAGAGCGUAGGAAGAGAGCGCCAAGACCCAGAGAUAACUACCAGCAGACGAUCAGUCCCAGCUCUUUCCGCCAGGUUCUCAGACCCGUUAACUAUGAAAACAACAAGGCACCUUUGCAAAGGUCUCGCUCCCGGCAGAAUGUAAAUGCGAGCUCGGCGGCGUCAAAACCUCCCCCUGCCAAGGAGGUGCGCAGUGAAUCUGAAGGCUAUCCAUCUGUAGCCAGGGCCAAGGCUUCUGCCUGUUCUGAAGUGGGCCAAAAGUACAAAAGCACUCCGGGUCACAGCCGUGGGCUGGAUAGGGAGCGGGCGGUGGACAGAGAAGUGGUCAAGCUGGCUGAGAGAAAGCCAGAAAUGAAAGCGGGGAGCCCCGUCCUCCAGACGGCCGCCGACGCUAACGGAGAACCCGACGUGGAGGCUCUACUGGCCAGACUCAGAGCGUUGUAAGAUUCAUUUCUCAUCACUGAAAGAAAAUGUUACAUCACAGCAAAAAAUAAAUAAAUAAUUGAUUUUCAUGUAAGCUAUGGAUUCUCCUAAAAUAUUGUCUCAUAGGACCAACAUUACUAAAAUGAGGAAGGAGGCGUGAGUCGCCUCACUGUUAGUACAAUAAAAGUAAUGAGUCUGAAUACUCAGAUUUUAAUCCGUAAUGACAUGAAGGUAAUUAAAACAUAAUUAUAUCCAAAAAGAUUCAAUAGAAUAUGAUUCUGAUAUGUGUACUGCCAACAUAGCUACAUAUUAAUCAGACAAUUUUAGCCUUGUACUGACAGAUGUGACAUUGCUCCGCAGCUCUAUGUACUCUAGAAAUAUGCAAUGUUUCAGGAAACUUUCACAUUAGUGCUUUUUUGAUUGUGCGUUAGAUGCUGGCCUUUGCAUGUGAGCAGUUUAACACAAUAAAUUAUAUUUGGUAAUAAAAACUUUUUACGCUUUAUUUUUCUUCUAUAAUAUUUGUACUUUUAUUAUUUUCUAAGAUUUUGAUAUAUUUUAUACUCCAAGUACAUAAAGGAUAAAGAAUUAAGCCAUGAUUAUACAUUAAUGGUACUUAAAUCAGGAUUCCUGCACAGUCUUAAAAAGCCUCAAAGAACUGUAUUUUCUUUCAUAAUCAAAAUGUUUUAUAUUCUAGAUUUUCUCUUUCCUUUUUUCCCCAAAAAGGACAAAUAUCUAAAAGUGCUAUAUACACGCAGUGAUUUUUUUUGUUGCUAUUGUUUAUAUUGAUUUAUAUUUAAAUAAAAUACUUUAUCUUUGAUUUGAUGCAUCUCACCUUGAUCCUUUGGUUUUUGACCUGUCGACUGAAUGUAUACCCAUACAAAAUUUAAAUGCUGAGUUUUUUUAUUUUUCACUACUUUUUAUGAACUCUUUAAAUCUGGGCUGAACAGAAUGUUUAUUAUACAGGUCAAAUGUGAGCAAAGCUUGUAUUUCUUUUUUUUUCCCUUUUUUUGGAAUUUUUACAAAAAGAUUGAAUGCAACACAGUUUCAAACCAUUUUUGUUUUCUAAUAUUUGUUCUAAUUUUCUGAGAUUUCAAAUAAGUUAUAAAAAACAACUAUAAGACAUGUAGAAAUUUAAGUCUAGAAAAGUAACAUUUUGAAAUGGAAAAAAUGUGUAGACUAAAUGUCAGUUUGUUUUUGUAUUUUGUCUGACUUUUCAUAACUUUUGUGUGAUGUACCUAAAUUUGCAGAAAAGGCUGAACUAUUGGCUAAGCGCUGUUGAAGAUGCCGUUUAUCUUUAUUCCAACAUUCCUUCUGUCAUUACUCGUCAAAUGCAUAAUUUUGUCUUUAUCUGUAUUCUUCAAUUUUAUUGAAAUAUUUACAAUAAAAUUUAAGCUGUU